UCUUGUUUUUAGAUGUUUGUAAAUGAACAGUAGCUGAAUUUAAAACAGAACAUUUUUUUAUGUUUGUUAUGUUGACUGGCCAUUACGUGGUCAAGGGUGCUACUUUUUGUUUCAUUAUUCGGCAGUAUGGAGCUCGGUCAACUUCUUAUUCUCUAUCUGAUUUCAAACAUCAUCUCUGGGCAAGAAAGACCAAAAGCCAUAGUGACCAUUAAACCUGACCAACAUGUAUUCAGAGAAGAGACAGUCACACUCAGAUGUGACAUUGAUGCUGAAGGAGUCACCAGCUGGACGUACAGCUGGUAUAAAGAUGGUUCAAUCAGUGUUUUUAAUGAUCAGGAACACACAUUCUGGUUUGUCAGAAUGUCUGAUGCAGGUAAAUACUCCUGUUAUGGAAGAGAGACUGAAGGAACACAAACAUCAAACGUCAGUGAUAAUAUUACACUGACAGUAUCAGACAAUCCUAAGGCAGUUUUAAGUGUUUCUCCACAGAACUGGUUGAAUGAAGGAGAUCCAGUGACUCUGAUCUGUAAGGUUAAUGGCUUCUCUUCAGGCUGGACAUUCAGCUGGUACAUUACAGACUGGGCAUUCAGCUGGUAUACUGAUUUUUAUUCAACAGCCAACAGAUAUGGCUAUAAGUUACUCUCAGACAGCAGCAGAGGAGCUGGAGGAAACUAUACUGUCAGUUCUGCUGUUCUAAAACACACAGGAGUUUAUGUUUGCAGAGCAAAAAGAGGAAAACCAGCCUAUAGCACAGAUUACAGCAACAAACAGUUGAUAUGGGUCUCUGAUUACUAUUCUCCAAUCACCAACCUGAUCAUCAGUCCCAACAGAACUCAACACUUCACAUCUGUCUCUCUCUCUCUGAGCUGCAACUCUGAUAGACGGAGAGUGAGAAGAUACACAGAUGGGCGGGGACUGGAAUAUUGUGCAUCAUCAUACUCAGAAUCACAAGAAUUUACAUGUACAAUCAACUCCACCAACACACUUGACACUGGAGUGUACUGGUGUCAUUUUAAAUAUGGAGAGAACAUGUAUCCUGUUAAUAUCACUGUGCAUUCUCAUGUUCCCUCUGUUUCUGUAGCUGGUGUGAUUCUGGAGAGUCCUGUUCAUCCUGUGAAUGAAGGAGACACUCUGACUCUGCACUGUUUGUAUGAACAUUCAACCCCAACAAGAGCUGAUUUCUUUAAAGAUGGAUCACUCAUCCAGAGUCAAACUACAGAGAUGAUCAUCUCUAAUGUCUCAAAGUCACAUGAGGGUUUCUACUACUGCAAACACCCAGAGAGAGGAGAGUCACCCAAGAGCUGGAUCUCAGUCAGAGAAAGACCAAAAGCCAUUGUGACCAUUAAACCUGACCAACAUGUAUUCAGAGAAGAGACAGUCACACUCAGAUGUGACAUUGAUGCUAAAGGAGUCACUAGCUGGAAGUACAGCUGGUAUAAAGAUGGUUCAAUCAGUGUUUUUAAUGAUCAGGAACACACAUUCUGGUUUGUCAGAAUGUCUGAUGCAGGUAAAUACUCCUGUUAUGGAAGAGACACUGAAGGAACACAAACAUCAAACGUCAGUGAUGAAGUUACACUGACAGUAUCAGAUAGUCCCAAGGCAGUUUUAAGUGUUUCUCCACAGAAUUGGUUGAAUGAAGGAGAUCCAGUGACUCUGAUUUGUGAGGUUAAUAGCUACUCUACAGGCUGGACAUUCAGCUGGUACAUUACAGACUGGGCAUUAAGCUGGUACUCUACAGAAUACACAAUCAGCCAGUACAAUUAUUUUUAUGCACCAGACUACGGAUAUAUCUAUAAGUUACUCUCAGACAGCAGCAGAGGAGCUGGAGGAAACUACACUGUCAAUUCUGCUGCUCUAAAACACACAGGAGUUUAUGUUUGCAGAGCAACAAGAGGAAAACCGGCCUAUAGCACAGAUUACAGCAACAAACAGUUGAUAUGGGUCUCUGAUCAUUCUUCUCCAAUCACCAACCUGAUCAUCAGUCCCAACGGAACUCAACACUUAACAUCUGUCUCUCUCUCUCUGAGCUGUGAGGACCAGAGUAACUCUAAAAAAUGGAAAGUGAGCAGAUACACAGAUAUUUUGGGACUGGAAGAUUGUGAAUCAUCAUACUCAGAAUCACAAGAAUUUACAUGUACAAUCAACUCCACCAACACACUUGACACUGGAGUGUACUGGUGUCAUUUUAAAGAUGGAGAGAACAUGUAUCCUGUUAAUAUCACUGUGCAUUCUCAUGUUCCCUCUGUUUCUGGAGCUGGUGUGAUUUUGGAGAGUCCUUUUCAUCCUGUGACUGAAGGAGAUUCUCUGACUCUACACUGUUUAUAUCAACCUUCAACCCCACCAAACUUCAGAGCUGAUUUCUAUAAAGAUGGAUCACUCAUCCAGAGUCAAACUACAGAGAUGAUCAUCUCUAAUGUCUCAAAGUCACAUGAGGGUUUCUACUACUGCAAACACCCAGAGAAAGGAGAGUCACCCAAGAGCUGGAUCUCAGUCAGAGAAACACCAAAACCCAAAGUGAGCAUUAAACCUGAUCAACAUGUAUUCAGAGGAGAGACAGUCACACUCAGAUGUGACAUUGACGGUGGAGAAGUCACUAUCUGGCAGUACAGCUGGUAUAAAGAUGGUUCAGACGGUGUUUUCAGUGAACUACAGGAACACACAUUCAGUUCUGUUACUGAGUCUGACGCAGGUAAAUACUUCUGCUAUGGAGCAGAGAGAGGAGGAUCACGCAGAUCACAACAAAGUGAUGCAGUUACACUGAGAGUAGUGGUGCUCAGAGCAGUUUUAAGUGUUUCUCCACAGAAGUGGUUGUCUGAAGGAGAUCCAGUGACUCUGAUCUGUGAGGUUAACAGUUCCUCUACAGGCUGGACAUUCAGCUGGUACACUCAAACUACUUCAUCAGACAUCAAUGACUAUUAUAAGCUGCUCUCAGACAGCAGCAGAGGAGCUGGAGGAAACUACACUGUCAGUUCUGCUGCUCUAAAACACACAGGAGUUUAUGUGUGUAGAGCAGAGAGAGGAAAACCAGCCUAUAACACAACCUUCAGCAACACACAACCACUAUGGGUCACUAGUGUUUCUCCUCCAGUCUCUCUGAUCAUCAGUCCAAACAGAACUCAACACUUCACAUCUGUCUCUCUCUCUCUGAGCUGUGAGGACCAGAGUAACUCUGAUAGAUGGAGAGUGAAAAGAUACACAGACAACGAGCAACUGGAAGAUUGUUCAUCAUCGGUUUGGGGAUUACAAAAAGGAUCUAUAUGUACAAUCAUCUCCAGCAGCACAUCAGACACUGGAGUGUACUGGUGUCAGUCUGAAUCUGGAGAAAACUACCAGCCUAUUAAUAUCACUGUACACACUGGUGUGAUUCUGGAGAGUCCUGUUCAUCCUCUGACUGAAGGAGAUUCUCUGACUCUACGCUGUUUAUAUCCAUAUAUAAGCCAACCAGACCUCAGAGCUGACUUCUAUAAAGAAGGAUCACUCAUCCAGAGUCAAACUACAGAGAUGAUCAUCUCUAAUGUCUCAAAGUCACAUGAGGGUUUCUACUACUGCAAACACCCAGAGAGAGGAGAGUCACCCAAGAGCUGGAUCUCAGUCAGAGCUGGUGUGAUUCUGGAGAGUCCUGUUCAUCCUGUGACUGAAGGAGAUUCUCUGACUCUACGCUGUUUAUAUCAACCUUCAACCCCACCAAACCUCAGAGCUGAUUUCUAUAAAGAUGGAUCACUCAUCCAGAGUCAAACUACAGAGAUGAUCAUCUCUAAUGUCUCAAAGUCACAUGAGGGUUUCUACUACUGCAAACACCCAGAGAGAGGAGAGUCACCCAAGAGCUGGAUCUCAGUCAGAGCCUUUGACAUUACCAAUCCCAUGGGAAGUGAAGUGAUUGCAGGACUGACUGUGACAUUUUUGUUCAUUGUCCUCUUGGUCCUGCUGUGGCACUACAGAAACAACAAAGGUGGAUGGUCUCCCUCUAGUGUCAGUCAACAGAAGAACAGCAGUCAGAAAUCGGAGCUCAACCAGAGUGGAGGCACAUACAAAACACUUCAGUCCGAAAGUGUAAAUGUACCUACUGAACUCACCUAUGCUGAGUUUGAACUGAAGUCUAUGAAGAACCAGAAAAAAAGCAAAAGAUACAAAGGCAAAACCGACGAGAGUUCAGACAUUAUUUUUAGACUGUAGUUGGAAGAACAACAAGGUGCUGUUACUGGAUCUAGUGAUUUGAUAUUUCAAGCUGAAGACGUGGAGAUCUGUAAUUAAUAAUUAUUAAUAAUAAUAAUCAGUGAUCUGUAAUUCCUCUGUAAUCUUUAAGAUACUGAGCACAGCACUUCACCAGUACUUAAUAUUAGUCAUGGAAUCCGUAUAUAUACAGGCCAUCAUCUGACAUCUGACUUUGUCAUCUUUUUACCAAUAAUAAAACAUUUAUUUGUAUUUUUAAACUGAGAUUUGCAAUAUUCUUUUUUUUUUUUAAAUAAAAGUAUGCAAUGAA